AUGUACCGAAUUCGUGACAAAUGGGAGGAUGCCUACAGAGUGGCGAGUCUGUGCUCGGAGCAUCCGAACGAGUUGCGCCGUCAGGUCGCCUACCUGUGGGCUCGACAUUUGUGCAGCGGCAGUGGAGGCGGCGAGUCGGCCGUCCGUCUGCUCAACCGUCUGGGCCAGCUGGACUCCUCGAUUGAGCUCGCCGUGGACGCUUGUGCAUUCGAGUUCGCCUUCGAUCUGGCUCGCCAAAUGGCCGGACCGACAGCCACGGCCUCAUCGACCGCCACUCUUCCAGCCGGACUCGGUCCGGUGCAGGACAAGCGACUGGCCGAGGUGCACUAUAAGCAUGCCAUGUAUUUGGAGGACGAGGGCAAGUUCUCCGAAGCCGAGGCGGAGUUUGUAAAGGUGAGAUUCGUGUCGGGCUGA